AUGUUCAAGAAGAGAACGAUAAAGCCUUCUGCGAGCUCGGCAGCAGUCUCUAAACGAAAAAUCGCUCUGGACUCCGAGUCGGACUCAGAGUCUGCUCCAAAAGUAAUUCCCAACGACUUCAAGAAGAGGAAGACUUUCACUGGAGCUACAAGCCGCAAACCCAACAAGGAAGUCACACACAUAAGAGAUGACAAUGAGUAUAAUAUUUCGGAAAACAAUACAGAUGAAUCUGCAUCUGAUACCGCAAAACUGAAAACAGUUGGCUACAUAAAGCCGGUACCGAAGAAUAUAAAAAUCACAACCAUCACAGAUUUCCAGCCAGACGUAUGCAAAGACUUUCUCCAGACAGGUUACUGUGGAUAUGGAGACACUUGUAAGUUUUUGCAUAUCCGUAAUGAGCUGACGAGAACCAAACCUAUUGACAAGGAAUGGGAAACUGUGGACGAUGGAAACAAACCAGCAGAAGAGACACUACCUUUCAAAUGUGUGUUAUGUAAGGAUGACUACAAGUCGCCGAUCAAGACACAGUGUGGCCAUUUGUAUUGUAAGAAGUGUUUCAUGGAUCGGUACAAGAAGAAGAAGCUGAAGUGUUUUAUCUGCGACAAGGAGACUAACGGGAUCGUUGUUCCAGUUCUGGAGUCUGCAUUGAAGAAGAUGUUAGAAUAG